GGAGACUCUGCUGCCGCAUCUGCCUCCUCCCUACGGCUGCAAAAGAACCCCAUCAUGCCGGGCUGGAAGGAUGAUUACCUCUCCUCGCUGCUCGAGGCCGAGAGGAACAGCCCCGUCAACUUGGCCCUCGUCGACGCCUGUUCCCAACUCAACGACAAGAUAGCCCUCCUCGAGGCCGAAAAGGCCCAAGCAGUACAGCCACCCCUCAGCGCCAGCACUACCACACCGUCGAGCCCACCAAUACCCAGCGCCUCCACCACCCUCCCGAGCACCGACCCCGUCCUCCUCCGACUACGCGCCGACCUCGCCCAAGCUCUACGCCAGAACACAGCCCUAGCCACCCGCCUCCGCGCCGCCACCGCCGACCGCGACCGCCUACAAGGCCUCACAAAGACCCAAGAGGCCACGAUCGCCACCCUGACCACAGAGCGCGGCGCCCUGUCGCGCCGGGUCCGCGACCAGGCCGAGGAGCUGCGCGGCAAGAAGCAGAUGCUCGAGCAGGUGCAGGACGAGGUGCUCACGCUGGAGAUGCAGCUCAACGUGGCGGAGCAGCAAAAGACCAAGAUCGCGGCGGAGAACAAGAACCUGAUUGACCGGUGGAUGCGGCGGGCGGAGCUGGAGGCGCGGGAGAUGAAUGCUGCCAAUGAGAGGGGCGGGCCUGAAGGGACGUGAUGAUGAUUUGAUCAUGACGACUGACGACGGCGGCCUGGAUGCGCGCACGCCAAGACAAGAAAGGUGAUGGUGUGCUAUAGAAGUCUAUGAUACCCUGGACCGGCAUAUAUUUGGUUCCUCUCGUGGAUUUAUGGAGGACAAACGAGGGGUACGAUGAUCAUGAGCGUGUGGACUUUGUUCCAGCUGCCUAUUGAAGAGCAUGUGCAAGUCAAGGCCGGCUCUGCUGAUCUGUUCUAUACGAUAUGCUAUGCUCGCUAUCGUCGCUGUUUACAAGGGGUGUGUGAACUCUCUUCUCUAAUGCAUGUGUGUGUGCAGUGAGUCCUCUAAUCUCCCUCUUCAUGUUCCACCACGUUCUCCAAAAUCUUGGGUUUCCAGAACUGACCAUCCAGGUGCAUCUCUACCCUUCCUCCCCCGAUUUCCAAGAGGGGUAUCAACGUACAGAAAUUGCAUCUACCCGCCCAACAUAUACUGUCGAGGAAGGAGAAAAAACGAGGAAAGAAGUGCCCACUUAUGCCGUAUGUGCCAGAUCAACUCUUGUAUAGAUAUAAAACGGAACACGUCCCAAUGUCCUCCAUCAUGAAGUCGGUUGCCUCGCGCACUGUCUCGGUCUGGUCUUGUCUUUACAAGUCCUGUCCUCCCUCAAUCUUGGUCGUGACAUGAUAGUCUCCUGUUGAGUCGGUCCAGCUGACGCCAUUCUCAGGCCAGCGGUGGCACUCGGGCUCAGACAGGAUACUGCUGGCAAUAUCGUUCUCGUUGUACUUGGAAGAUGUCGUAAACUUCUUGAGCGACACGAUCUUGCAGCCCUUCCUCAGGUCAAGAAACUUGAUCUUGAGUCUCUCGGUAAGGUCGGGCGUGAAGGCCUGGUUGUUGGCCAGGACCACGUCUGCCCGCUUCAUGACCUCGCCGAUGUCCUGGUUGUUAAGGAAGUCGUCCUUCAUGAUGCGGACCUUGCCCGGCUGGAUGCCCCACAGCUUGCACCGUGCCUCAAACUCCCGGUGUUGUUCCUUGGCCAGCCUCGAGGCGUCCUCCAUGACCUCGCAACCCCAGCUCUCGCAGCCGAUCUGCAGGGCCGCCUGCAGCACGACAUUGCCCACCCCAGAGCCGAGAUCGACAAAGGUCUGCUUGGAGGUCAUCUGCAGAUCGGUGCACAACACCUUGGUCACAAAGUUGUGCUUCAUCUCCCCAUAGAUGUUGUC